AUGGAGAUUAAGCUACUAACGUUAAUGCCUUAUUAUGCCCAGGUUAAUGGCCAAGUCGAAGCGGCCAAUAAGAUCGUCAUUGGUUUGAUCAAGAAACAUGUAGGGAAGAAACCAAAGAAUUUGCACAAGAAUUUAGACCAAGUCUUAUGGGCAUGUCGGAGAUCUUCUAAAGAAGCAACGAAUAGUACUCCAUUUCGGUUAAAUUAUGGACAUGAGUCUGUAUUUCCUGUCGAAAUUUAUUUGCAAUCACUCAUAAUUCAAAGGCAGGAUGAGAUUCCGUCCGACCAUUAUUGGAGUAUGAUGUUGGAUGAAAUGGUCGAUUUGGAUGAAGAAAGGCUAGCAACGCUAAAUGUCUUAAUAUGA